GACAGUGGGGGAGUAAAAAGAAAGUGGGUGGGUAUGGGUGUGUGUUAGAGAGCUGGUAUAAAAGCUCCCUCUCUCACUCACACUCCCAUACUGUAUCUCCUGUGGGUUUUUUUAGGGUGUGUGUGUGUGUUUGUGUGUUUGUACAGAGGACCGAUAGAUAGAUUGAUAGAUUGAUUGAUAGAUUGAUCUCCAGGAUGCAUCAGCUGAUCGUGGUCUCCUUGGUGCUGGUGGCGCUCUGCUCUCUCGGGAGCGUGGAUUCUUCAGCUUAUGACAAGAUAGUGACCCACAGCCGCAUACGGGCCAGGAAAGAAGGCCCCAAUGUGUGCGCUCUGCAGCAGGUCCAAGGGACCAAGAAGAAGUACUUCAGCACAUGUAGGAACUGGUACAAAGGCUCCAUCUGUGGCAAGAAGACUGUGGUCCUCUAUGAAUGCUGUCCUGGCUACAUGAAGCUGGAAGGCAUGAAAGGAUGCCCUGCAGUGGCUCCCAUUGACCAUGUCUUUGGUACGCUGGGGCUCGUAAAGGCCACGACCACACAGCAGUACGCUGACAUGUCCAAGCUGAGAGAGGAAAUCGAAGGCAAAGGCUCUUUCACCAUGUUUGCACCCAGCAAUGAGGCCUGGGAUGAGGUGGAUUCUGCGGUUCGCUCUGCUCUGGUGGGCAACGUGAACAUCGAGCUGUACAACGCUCUUCACUACCACAUGGUGAACAGACGUCUUCUGACCAAAGACCUGAAGAACGACAUGACCGCCACCUCCAUGUACAAUGACCAGGGGCUCUUCAUCAACCACUACUCCAACGGGGUCGUGACGGUGAACUGUGCCAGGAUCAUCUUCGGUAACCAGGUGGCCACAAACGGCGUGGUGCACGUCAUCGACCGGGUCAUCAGCGGCGUGGGCAACACCAUCAAGGAAUACCUGGAUGUCGACGACGACCUCGCCUCCUUCAGAGAUGUGGCCGAGGCUUCUGGUGUGAUGGACCAGCUGGACCAGCCGGGUCACUUCACCCUGUUUGCUCCCACCAGUGAAGCUUUUGACAAACUGCCACCAGGCUUCCUGGAGCGUAUCAUGGAGGACAAGGACGUUAACACAGCUCUGGUGAAGUACCACCUGUUGAACAGCGUCCAGUGCUCUGAAGGAAUCAUGUCGGGGACGCUGCUGGAGACCGAAGAGGGCACCAACAUCCAGAUCGGCUGUGACGGCAACAGCCUGACGGUCAACGGGAUCAAGAUGGUGCUGAAGAAGGACAUCAUCACCACCAACGGCGUCAUCCACCUCAUCGACCAGGUGCUUGUCCCCGACUCAGCCAAGGAAGGAAUGGACAUGAUGGGAGAAUCUCAGAGCACGUUUGGCGACAUGGUGUCCGAGUUGGGUUUAGCUGCCGCCAUGGGUCCGAAGACAGAAUACACGUUGCUGGCUCCUGUCAACAAUGCAUUCACCAACGAGGUGAAGACAACAGAGCAGAGCCGGCUCAGAUACAUCCUGGAGAACCACAUCUUGAAGCUGAAAGUAACGCUGAGUGAGCUCUACAACGGACAGCUGCUGGAAACACUGGCUGGCAAACUGCUCCGAGUCUUCAUUUACCGCACCGCUGUCUGCAUAGAAAACUCAUGCAUGUUGCAUGGAACCAAAGAGGGAAGCCACAGCGCUCUCCAUGUUAUGAAUUCUCUCAUCAAACCGGCUGAGAAAACAAUGUACGAGCUCCUGAUCGCUGACGGACGCUUCAAGAUCUUCCUGUCUCUGAUGGAGACAGCUGGUCUGACUGAUUUGCUGAAGCAGGAAGGCUCCUUCACCACCUUUGCACCGACUGACGAAGCCUUUGAGGGCCUCAGCCAAGACGACAUGACUCUGCUGACCAGUGAUGUGAACGCUCUGAGAGUCAUCCUGCUCUACCACUUCAGUAACGGGAUCUUCAUCAACGGAGGACUAGAGGGCGGAGUCACCAAUCUGCUCAAAACCCUGCAGGGCAACAACCUGCAAGUUAUGUCUGUGAACAACUCUAUCCAUGUGAACUCUGUGGAUGUUCCCGCCAGCGACCUGAUGGCAACAAACGGUGUGGUCCAUGUGGUGAAGAAUGUCCUCUAUCCUGCAGACCUGCCUGUGGGCCGCCAGGACCUCCUGGUCCUCCUGAAGAAGCUGAUAAAGUACAUCCAGAUCAAGUUUGUUUCUGGAUUUACCUAUCAUGAGAUCCCACUCACCUUCAUCAAGAGGAUCAUCACAACUACACACUAUAUUGAAACAGUCCCCGAGGAAACAACGGUGACCAGAGUCAUCAAGGGAGAAUCAAAGGUCAUUGAGGGGCCCAUCGUUACCAAGGUGACCAGAGUCAUUCAGGGAGAACCAGUGGUCGUCAAGGAGCAGCCCAUCGUUACCAAGGUGACCAGAGUGAUUCAGGGAGAACCAGUGGUCGUCAAGGAGCAGCCCGUCGUUACCAAGGUGACCAGAGUGAUUCAGGGGGAAACAGUGGUCAUUGAGGGAGAAUCAAAGGUCAUUAAGGGGGAUCCUAUCGUUACCAAGGUGACCAGAGUCAUUCAGGGAGAACCAGUGGUCAUCAACCAGCCCAUCGUUACCAAGGUGACCAGAGUCAUCGAGACGGGUGCUCCCAUCACACAUGUGACCAGAGUCAUCGAAGGAGAGCCUCACAAAACCAAGGUUACAAGAGUUAUUGAGAGUGGAGAUGCAGAUGGACAAACAGGACCAGACUUCUCUAAGAUCACGACCAUCCACGGCAACCCAAAUCUGCUGGAAGAGGAAUCGGAGAGAAUCACCAAACUCAUUAAAGAAGGAGGGAGAUUCGCUGCUGCCAGGAAAGCUCCAGCUGGAAUGAGGAGGAGAACAAGGCUGGUCAGGCGCCACCACAAGCCAAGGCAGUGAAUGUAAAAGAGAGAGAAAACACCUUCGGGCUCACCGCAGAGACUGAAUGAAUCUCCAGUGCUCCUGGUCGAGUGCUGGAGGAUCGAAACACUUUGGACCGAUAGGGAAAGAUCCAACCAAUCUAGCUAUUUCUUUGUCCAAACCACCAGUAAGAAUGAUUGUUUUCUAUUCCAUCUGGACCAUACUGUAUGUGAUAGGCAUGAUGUGUAAUAGCAAUACAAUGAAAUUAGAAUACCCUUCAUGUAAGUAAUAUAAGUGUGCGAGGGAAAGACGGAUUUUUUGAGAUAUAUUCUACCACUGAGAGAUUUUUGUAAAGGUUUGCUUUUUUGUUUUGUUUGUUUUUUUAAUCAUGUCACUUUGUAAACAGAUGGCUUGGGAAGAUUUUUGUAUGCUUUUUAUGGUGCUUGCAUUCUGCACAAUGGAUGCAUUUCAAUGACGAAUGAAACAGUGUUUUGCUACUAUAAGAUGCUGUACUAAACCUCUGUAAAUUAUCAUAUGGUGAUUAAAAAAUACAAUUCAUUUUUAGACAGUUUUCAGUCAUUCUUUUCCAGAUUCGUUGGCUGGUUUUUACGCCACAAAACCAACAUAUUUCAUGCUGUUGAAUGUGAGCCUGACUGGUGUGUGUCCUUGUUCAACCAGGCUUCACAAUAUGUUUGUUUUUACCUCAAAGAAAAAGUGGUAAAUAAAAUGUGCAUAGAAAC